AUGGGAUAUGUUAUUUUAGCAGCUGUGACUAAAAGAGCUCAGAUUCCUUUUUCUUCUUGGCUUCCGGCAGCUACAGCUGCUCCUACACCUGUUUCUGCUUUAGUUCAUUCAUCUACUUUGGUUACGGCUGGGGUAUAUUUGCUUAUUCGAUUUGGAAUAAUUAUUGAAAUGUAUUCAAUGAAUGAUUUUAUAUUAUUUAUUGGUUGUUUGACUAUAUUUAUGUCUGGUUUAGGUGCUAAUUUUGAAUUUGAUUUGAAGAAGAUUAUUGCUUUAUCUACUUUAAGUCAAUUAGGGCUAAUAAUAAGAAGAACUAUUGGAUUAGCCUUAUUGUUUAUAUGUGCGGGCGUUAUUAUUCUUGGGAUAAAUGAUCUUCAAGAUAUUCGUGGAAUGAGAGGAAUUGUAAAUCAGAUACCUUUAACUUCUAUUUGUUUUAUAGUUUCAAAUUUGGCUUUAUGUGGUAUACCUUUUUUAUCUGGUUUUUAUUCAAAAGUUAAGAUUAAUAAGAAAUUUUAA